GCGGGUUCUGGCGUUCCCUAUGGAAAUUCUAAACCCUUUCUGUGUGGGUUUAAAUUCCGAAGCCUAACAACGGAAGCGAUAAAUUUCAAUGGAAUUAGCUUCUUCGACUGUCCAGAUUUCUUGCUUUUUGCCAGUAACAGCUUCUUCCUCAACUGCCUUUCGAGCUCAAUCUCCUUCUCUCUUCUCCUUUAGAUGUUCGUCUCCAAAUCUUAAUUUCUCUUCUAAUUUCAAAGGUUGCCUGCUUCCAGCUGUUGGGCCCAGGCAGCGGAAAACUUCUCUGGCCGCUGUUAUAGGCGGUGCAACUGAUGUUUCUAGUGAUAGGAAAGGGGAGGAAUUGACGUUUUCUGAUUCUUCUGAACCCACGGUGGUAAAUGAUGAUCCUGCAAGCAAUGAAAAAGAUGGUGUGGAUGAGGCUAAAAUGGUCCGAGUAUGUGACAAGUUAAUCGGGGUUUUCAUGGUUGAUAAGCCCACACCUACUGAUUGGAGAAGGUUGCUUGCUUUUAGCAAAGAAUGGGACAAUAUUAGGCCUCAUUUCUAUAAGCGAUGUCUGGAACGAGCAGACAGUGAGCGUGAUCCUGGGAUGAAGCAUAAGCUACUCAGGCUUGCAAGGAAGCUGAAAGAGAUCGACGAAGAUGUGCAAAGGCAUAAUGAACUUAUUGAAGUGAUCAAGAAGGAACCAUCAAAGAUUAGUGAAGUUGUUACUAGGCGUCGCAAAGAUUUCACAAAAGAAUUUUUUAUACAUCUGUUCACUGUUGCACAAUCAUAUCAUGACAACCCGACUGAGCAAAAUGCCUUGGCAAAGCUAGGAAAUGAUUGUGUUGCUGCUGUACAAGCCUAUGAUAAUGCAACAGAAAGCAUUGAAGCACUUAAUGCUGCAGAGUUGAAAUUGCAAGACAUUGUCAAUUCUCCUUCUCUGGAUGCUGCUUGCAGGAAGAUAGAUGAUUUGGCUGCAAAAAAUCAACUUGAUUCUUCACUGGUUUUGAUGAUCACAAAAGCAUGGUCAGCUGCUAAAGAGUCCAACAUGACAAAAGAUGAGGUAAAAGACAUUCUUUAUCAUCUCUACAUGACAGCAGUAGGUAAUCUUCAGAGGCUCAUGCCUAAGGACAUUAGAAUACUGAAGUAUCUUCUUAAAAUUGAGGAUCCUGAGGAGCGAUUAUGUGCAUUGAGAGAUGCAUUUACCCCGGGAGAAGAACUUGAAGGAAAGGAUAUUGACUCCCUGUACACGACCCCAGAAAAGCUACACACUUGGAUUAAGGCUGUGGUGGAUGCUUACCAUUCCAGUCAGGAAGGUACUCUUAUAAGAGAGGCUAGGGAUCUGAUGAAUCCAAAAAUUAUCAAAAAACUGGAGGAACUGAAGAUGCUAAUUGAAGACAAGUUCAUGUGAUAAUGAGGCUUGACUAUCUACAAGGUAAAUGAAGCAGAGGGACAUCUAGAGGACACAAAGGAUGCUAUCAUAUCAGUGGGCAAAGCAGUGGGAAGAUUUGAGUUACUCUGUGGAACAAACACGCCCUUCAUGAGGAGAUCAUAACGAAGUUGGAGGAAGCAGAUGCUGAAGCUUCUUACAAAGUUUGUGUCUGAAGAUGAUGAGUGGAAGCUUCUUACAAAGUUUGUGUCUGAAGAUGAUGAGUGGCAAAGCAAAUCUUGUAACGAUUUUUGAAGAUGGAUAUCAGCCUUUAACAGCCCGUACGCAUUUUUGUUAAUUAGUUAACCAGGAUUCUUGUUAAUUUGUUGGCACUUCAUGGAUGUUAGAAAUUCAAUACCAAUGUAAUACACCUGAUUUAUCA